CGCGCGCCGCGCUCCGGACCCCCAGCCCCCGCCGGCCCGGCCGGGUCGGGCGGCCCAGGGCGGCGCCUGCUGUGCUCCCUGGCCACAGCCCUCUCCUCACAGUUGAGCACCUGUUGGCCUGAAGCUAAUCUCCAGGAGCAGGAGUCCCCGGAGCUGGGCCAGGGGGAUGAACCGCGAGGGAGCUCCCGGGAAGAGUCCGGAGGAGGUGUAUAUUCAGCAGAAGGUGCGAGUGCUGCUCAUGCUGAGGAAGAUGGGCUCCAACCUGACAGCCAGUGAAGAGGAGUUCCUGCGCACCUAUGCAGGGGUGGUCAACAGCCAGCUCAGCCAGCUGCCGCAGCACUCUAUCGACCAGGGUGCAGAGGAUGUGGUGACGGCGUUUUCCAGGUCGGAGACGGAAGACCGGAGGCAGUAGCUGCAACCCCCUUGGAACACCCUGGAAGCCGUCAAGGGCCAAGAUCAGUGUGGCUCCUCGGCCAGCUGAGUGACAGGAGACCACCUUCCCCACCUCCCCCGCCCUCCUGCCCCUCCCCUACUCCCCGCCCCACGGCCACUCAGCGGGGCUGGCAUCCGGGGAGACACCAGUGGUGCAUUUAGGAUGGGCUAAGGACUCGUGAUUGGCUGCAGGAAGAAACCUUUUUAUUUUUAAACCUUGACCAAUGGAAACCUUCCAUUUUUAUUUCUGACUCUUAUUUAAAAAAGAAAAAAUUUGUGCCUCGGUAUCUGGCUUCCCAGGAAGCUCUCCGAGCUCCGGUGCUUUAUUUCGGUCGUUUUUAGGAAUGUGAAGAGGUCUGAUUGGCUGCUUGAACAGGAGCAGGGUUACGAUUGGCUGGGUCGUGGGAAGUCGCUUUUUCUGUCAUUGGCUGCAGGUGUUCUGAUAGCAGCAGCUUCUCUAUUUUGAAUGCAGAAAACAGGGUCUAGGACAUUGCUUGUUAUAUUUGACUUGAAAAAAAAAAACAAAAAAACAGAAAACCAAGUGCGCUGUGCAAUGUUUAUUACACAGUUU